AUGUUUUACGUCGUCGGGCUGGGUCUUUGUGAUGAAAAAGAUAUCACGGUUCGAGGCUUGGAGGCAGUCAAAUCUUCCUCGCGGGUGUACCUCGAGGCAUAUACCAGCAUCUUGAUGGUAAAAAAGGAGCGCUUGGAAGCGUUCUACGGGAAGGACCUGAUCGUCGCCGAUCGAGACAUGGUCGAGACGCAGAGCGACGACAUCCUCAAAGAUGCAGACAAAGAGAACGUGUCACUGCUGGUCGUCGGAGACCCUUUUGGGGCGACCACGCACAUCGACAUGGUUCUUCGUGCACGCGCUCUCAACAUCCCCACCAAGGUCAUCCAUAACGCGUCGAUUAUGAACGCCGUUGGGGCGUGCGGCCUACAACUAUACAACUUCGGCCAGGCAGUCUCGCUCGUAUUCUUUACGGAGACAUGGAAACCCGACUCGUUUUACGAUCGCAUCAAGGAAAAUGCUGCACUCGGCUUGCACACCUUGGUCCUACUUGACAUCAAAGUCAAGGAGCAAAGCGAGGAGAACCUUGCUCGAGGCCGGAAAAUCUACGAACCUCCGCGAUACAUGUCAAUCCCCCAGGCUGUCUCUCAACUUAUCGAGAUCGAGGAGCUUCGGGGCGACGGCGUCCUUUCGCCAGACAGCACACUUGCUAUCGGGUUGUCGCGUGUAGGUGGCAUGGAAGAACAGCGGAUCGUGUCCGGGACGCUGGCAGAGCUUCAUAUUCAUCCAGAAGAGGCGUUCGGCGAGCCUCUACAUAGCCUCAUCAUCGUCGGCAAGCGGCUGCAUCAUCUCGAGGUAGAUUAUGCGCAAGACUUUGCGGUGAACCGUGACAGCUGGCGGUCCGUAGCAAAAGACGUGUACAACUGUAAUUUGGAUGAAUGAUCAUAAAUAACCAUCGUUCUUGAGUAUCUAAACG